AUGAGUGACUACUACCAUCACUUCCUGUCCUCGAUGGCCGGGGUCGGGGGUUUCCCCCACCGCAACCAGCUUGAUGGCUCUGGGCAGCUUGCUCAACCGAACCCCUUGCAGAUUGGAGGACCUCCGGGCUCCAAUCCUUAUCAAAGCCUAGGCUACUUUACAGGAUUCCCAGAGCCGAUUAUGUUCAAUGCGCCCAAGGCGCAAAGAAGCAGGCGGAAAUCUGCUCCGGGCCUCGACCACGUUAAACAUCGCCGUACGAGAUCCGGUUGCUACACUUGUCGCAGUCGUCGUGUCAAGUGCGAUGAAACCCAUCCUAUCUGCGAAAGAUGUAGGAAGGGAAAGAGAGAGUGCGUUUACCCAGAGCCGCCGCCACCAAAGGGACCCGGAAGUAGCAGUUCGAAAGAUUCAGCCGGGCCCAGUCAGCAGGCUAGCCCGAGCUCUUCUCGCGGUGACGACGAUGACGAAGCCGAGCAGGACGUCAAACUAGAGCCUAUUAUGGAUGAGGAUGAAGACGAACCACAAAGCGCGACGUCACAGACGUCGGCCCCGAGCUUUCCCCUUCGGAGAUCUAGUACGACGUCCUCAUUCGGCCUCCAGCGUGUCACGACAGGGCCACGACAGGGGUCCGAAACGCCUUCUUUUGACGGGAACAAGAGCUCGUCCCCGUCGUUGUCAGCCGGGACUAGUAGCGCGCUCACACCUGUCGGCUCGCAUUUUACCGAUUCGCCGCUGACAUCUUCUCGCCCGGACUGGACAUUCCUGCCACACGAGCUGCAGUUCUACCUCGGCUACUUCUACGACAACAUCACAAACUAUCAUUACGGGGUGGUGAAUGACGAGGAUGAGUUUUUCAAGACAGGUCUGACCGGCUUAGCGAUCCGGAACGAAGCACUGCUCUAUGCCGUGGUAGGCUUUUCGGCAUAUCAUCACGCAUUGAAAAAUCCGAACGGCAAGAUCAAUGACUUCCUACAAUAUUACAGCCGCAGCGUCACCCUGCUGCUGGAUUGUUUGAAGAAGAAAGAGAAGUAUAGCGUGGGAACCUUGUUUACCAUAUUGCAACUUGGCACCAUAGAGGAAUAUUUGGGCGACUGGAUUAACGUCAUGGGUCAUCAAAAAGCCGCCUUCGAAGUUCUCACCCAGCUUUUCACACCGCAGACGGUAAUGCAGACACCUGUGGGCCGUGUGGCGCUCAUGUGGUUUUCGAGGUUCGACGUCUUUAUUGGAAUCAUGGGCUGCUUCGGUACGACAAUGCCCUCCCAGUGGUAUUCGGCGCCGGUGGAAUACUAUGAUGCAAAGGUGGCAGCAGAACCUCAGAACGUGGGCUGGAAGAUCGAGGCCUGCCAAGCGCGGCUUCGACAGACGACGAUGGAAAUGGCGUUGCUGUAUGCGAAAGGGGCAAAGCAAGAAAUCACCGAGGACGAAUACACUGCCAGCUAUCGCAGGUUGUCGGAAGCCCUCCUGGACUGGAAAGAGAGCUGGGAUCCUGCCCUAACCGAUCCCGCGUUUAUCGUGUCGGAAUCCCCAGAAAUACAGAGCCCUGAGACAGACGAUGUCGCCAACCCGUCUACGCCCACAGUCCUCUUCCGGCCGCCACUGUUCGCCUCAACCAUCCUUAUGUGCGAAUACCACUCGAUUGUGCUAAUGCAUGGGAGCCAAGCAGCUGUGGAGCUCACGGGGGAGAUGCGGAAGAAAUUGACGGAGCAUGCAUACUCAGUGUGCAAGAUUUGGGAGAUGGUAGAAUUAUGGCAAGACAGCCCACCGGGUAGCCUGAUCAUACUGCAGUCCUGCCUGGGAAUAGCGGCUCUCUAUGUUCCACGAGAAGCGAGGCGCUACAUGUGGAUCAGGAGAAAAUUUGCCUUGCUCGAGAGGAUGGGAUACAUAUCCACCAGCACGAUGCGUACACGCAUGGCGGAGCUUUUUGCUGACGAGAGCUGUGUCCGGUGGUGGCUGCCCAACGACGAGGGCUUCACCCCGCUCCUUCAGAAUCUACGGGCCAUUGCAGAUGAGCGAAACGCGAUGGCCGUGUCGACGCAGCAGGAGAGCCUGCAGCAAAUUCGCCAAGUAUUUUCCAAGAUGCGGAUUGGGACAGUCGGUGGAAGCUCCGGGGCCAAUGACUCGGGUGGUGGAGCGAAGGAGGAGGAUACGAUGGCCUGA